CCGCCGGCCGGACGGGGGUGGCCUCGCGCCGCCGGCGUCUGCCCGCCCCGCCCGCGGCGGCCGCUCCGAGGGGACUCCCCAAGUCUGCGCGCCUCCGCCGGGCUGCUGCUGCUGCUGCUGCUGCUGCUGCUGCUUUUUUUUUUUUUUUUUUGAGCCUCCGCCACCCCUUGCACUCUGAUUCCCGAUUUUUUGGUUUUUUGGUUUUUUUUUUUUUUGCUUUUUUCUCGGGGAGCUCGGGGAGCGUGCGGUCCGGGGCUGCGCGCGCGCGUGUCCAAGAGCCCGGGCGCCGAGCGGCGUGCGGGAGACGGCGGGACGAUGCUGACCUAAGCCCCCGGAGCCGCCCGGCGCUGGCUGCUUGUGCUUGGCUGCGGGAGGCGGCGGCGGCGGCGGCGGCGGCCGAGCAGGAGGACGCGCCGUGUCCGGCCGGAGAGCCGCGGCGCUGCCUCCCGUGCGCACCGCGCGGCCGGCCUCGGCCCUCCCCGGCCGGGGUCGCCGCUGCCCCGCGCUCCUCGCCCCGCCCCCGGGGCGCGCUCGCAGACCGAGAUAUGAGGAUCAAUGAUGCAGACUGCUGGGUUCGAUGAAGCUGGGCAUUUAUAACUAGAUUCAUUAAGGAAUACAAAGAAAAUAUUUAAAGGGAUCAAUAAUGGUGUCUUCUGGUUGCAGAAUGCGAAGUCUGUGGUUUGUCAUUAUAAUCAGCUUCUUACCGAAUACAGAAGGUUUCAGCAGAGCAGCUUUACCAUUCGGGUUAGUUAGACGAGAAUUAUCCUGUGAAGGUUAUUCUAUAGACCUGCGAUGUCCAGGCAGUGAUGUCAUCAUGAUUGAGAGCGCUAAUUAUGGUCGGACAGAUGACAAGAUUUGUGACGCUGACCCAUUUCAGAUGGAGAAUACAGACUGCUACCUCCCAGAUGCCUUCAAAAUUAUGACUCAAAGGUGCAACAAUCGAACACAGUGUAUAGUAGUUACUGGGUCAGAUGUAUUUCCUGAUCCAUGCCCUGGAACAUACAAAUAUCUUGAAGUCCAAUAUGAAUGUGUCCCUUACAUUUUUGUGUGCCCUGGGACCUUGAAAGCAAUUGUGGAUUCACCAUGUAUAUAUGAAGCUGAACAAAAGGCAGGUGCUUGGUGCAAGGACCCUCUUCAGGCUGCAGAUAAAAUUUAUUUCAUGCCCUGGACCCCCUACCGUACUGAUACUUUAAUAGAAUAUGCUUCUUUAGAAGAUUUCCAAAAUAGUCGCCAAACAACAACAUACAAACUUCCAAAUCGAGUAGAUGGUACUGGAUUUGUGGUGUAUGAUGGUGCUGUCUUCUUUAACAAAGAGAGAACAAGAAACAUUGUGAAAUUUGACUUGAGGACUAGAAUUAAGAGUGGAGAGGCCAUAAUUAACUAUGCCAACUAUCAUGAUACCUCACCUUAUAGAUGGGGAGGGAAAACUGAUAUCGACCUAGCAGUUGAUGAAAACGGCUUAUGGGUCAUUUACGCCACUGAACAGAACAAUGGAAUGAUCGUUAUUAGCCAACUAAAUCCAUAUACUCUUCGAUUUGAAGCAACAUGGGAGACUGUGUAUGACAAACGUGCUGCCUCAAAUGCUUUUAUGAUCUGCGGAGUCCUCUAUGUGGUCAGGUCAGUUUAUCAAGACAAUGAGAGUGAAACAGGCAAGAAUGCAAUUGAUUACAUUUACAAUACCCGAUUAAACCGAGGAGAGUAUGUAGACGUUCCCUUCCCCAACCAAUACCAGUAUAUUGCUGCGGUGGAUUACAAUCCUAGAGAUAACCAACUCUACGUGUGGAACAAUAACUUCAUUUUACGAUAUUCUCUGGAGUUUGGUCCACCUGAUCCUGCCCAAGUGCCUACCACAGCUGUGACAAUAACUUCUUCAGCUGAGCUGUUCAAAACCACAGUAUCAACCACAAGCAGUACUUCACAGAAAGGCCCUAUGAGCACAACUGUAGCUGGAUCACAGGAAGGAAGCAAAGGGACAAAACCACCUCCAGCAGUUUCUACAACCAAAAUUCCUCCUGUAACAAAUAUUUUUCCCCUGCCAGAGAGAUUCUGCGAAGCAUUAGACGCGAGGGGGAUAAAGUGGCCUCAGACACAAAGGGGAAUGAUGGUUGAACGACCAUGUCCCAAGGGAACAAGAGGAACUGCCUCCUAUCUCUGCAUGGUUUCCACUGGAACAUGGAACCCUAAGGGCCCCGAUCUUAGCAACUGUACCUCACACUGGGUAAAUCAGCUGGCUCAGAAGAUCAGAAGUGGAGAAAACGCUGCUAGUCUUGCCAAUGAACUGGCUAAACAUACCAAAGGGCCGGUGUUUGCUGGGGAUGUGAGUUCUUCAGUGAGAUUGAUGGAGCAGUUGGUGGACAUUCUUGAUGCACAGCUGCAGGAACUGAAACCUAGUGAAAAGGAUUCCGCUGGACGGAGUUAUAACAAGCUCCAAAAACGAGAGAAGACAUGCAGGGCUUACCUUAAGGCAAUUGUGGACACAGUGGACAAUCUUCUGAGGCCUGAAGCUCUGGAAUCAUGGAAACACAUGAAUUCUUCUGAACAAGCGCAUACGGCAACAAUGUUGCUUGAUACAUUGGAAGAAGGAGCUUUUGUCCUGGCUGACAAUCUUGUAGAACCAACCAGGGUCUCAAUGCCUACAGAAAAUAUUGUUCUGGAAGUUGCAGUACUCAGUACAGAAGGACAGGUCCAAGACUUUAAAUUUCCUCUGGGCAUCAAAGGAGCUGGCAGUUCAAUCCAACUUUCUGCAAAUACUGUCAAACAGAACAGCAGGAAUGGGCUUGCAAAGUUGGUGUUCAUCAUUUACCGGAGUUUGGGACAGUUUCUUAGUACAGAAAAUGCAACUAUAAAACUGGGUGCUGACUUUAUUGGUCGGAAUAGCACCAUUGCAGUGAAUUCCCACGUCAUUUCAGUUUCAAUCAAUAAAGAAUCCAGCCGAGUAUACUUGACAGAUCCUGUGCUUUUUACCCUGCCACACAUUGAUCCUGACAAUUAUUUCAAUGCAAACUGCUCCUUCUGGAACUACUCAGAAAGAACUAUGAUGGGAUAUUGGUCUACCCAGGGCUGCAAGCUGGUUGACACUAAUAAAACUCGUACAACGUGUGCAUGCAGCCACCUAACCAAUUUUGCAAUUCUCAUGGCCCACAGGGAAAUUGCAUACAAAGAUGGAGUUCACGAAUUACUCCUUACAGUCAUCACCUGGGUGGGAAUUGUCAUUUCCCUCGUUUGCCUGGCUAUAUGCAUCUUCACCUUCUGCUUUUUCCGUGGUCUGCAGAGUGACCGCAAUACUAUUCACAAGAACCUUUGUAUCAACCUUUUCAUUGCAGAAUUUAUUUUCCUAAUAGGCAUUGACAAGACGAAAUACAUGAUUGCUUGUCCAAUAUUUGCAGGACUUCUACACUUUUUCUUUUUGGCCGCUUUUGCUUGGAUGUGUCUAGAAGGUGUACAGCUCUAUCUGAUGUUGGUUGAAGUUUUUGAAAGUGAAUAUUCAAGGAAGAAAUAUUAUUAUGUUGCUGGUUACUUGUUUCCUGCCACAGUGGUUGGAGUUUCGGCUGCUAUUGACUAUAAGAGCUAUGGAACAGAAAAAGCUUGCUGGCUUCAUGUUGAUAACUAUUUUAUUUGGAGUUUCAUUGGACCGGUUACCUUCAUUAUUCUGCUAAAUAUUAUCUUCCUGGUGAUCACAUUAUGCAAAAUGGUGAAGCACUCAAACACUUUGAAACCAGAUUCUAGCAGGUUGGAAAACAUUAAGUCUUGGGUACUUGGCGCUUUUGCUCUUCUGUGUCUUCUUGGCCUAACCUGGUCAUUUGGGUUGCUUUUUAUUAAUGAGGAGACUAUUGUGAUGGCAUAUCUCUUCACCAUCUUUAAUGCUUUCCAGGGAGUGUUCAUUUUCAUCUUUCACUGUGCCCUCCAAAAGAAAGUACGAAAAGAAUACGGCAAGUGCUUCAGACACUCCUAUUGCUGCGGCGGCCUCCCAACCGAGAGCCCCCACAGUUCAGUGAAGGCAUCAACCACCAGAACUAGUGCUCGGUAUUCCUCUGGCACACAGAGUCGUAUAAGAAGGAUGUGGAAUGACACUGUGAGAAAACAGUCUGAAUCUUCUUUUAUCUCAGGUGACAUCAAUAGCACUUCAACACUUAAUCAAGGAAUGACUGGCAAUUACCUACUAACAAACCCUCUUCUUCGACCCCACGGCACUAACAACCCCUAUAACACAUUGCUCGCUGAAACAGUUGUAUGUAAUGCCCCUUCAGCUCCUGUAUUUAACUCACCAGGACAUUCACUGAACAAUGCCAGGGAUACAAGUGCCAUGGAUACUCUACCGCUAAAUGGUAAUUUUAACAACAGCUACUCGCUGCGCAAGGGGGACUACAAGGACAGCGUGCAAGUCGUGGACUGUGGACUAAGUCUGAAUGAUACGGCUUUCGAGAAAAUGAUCAUUUCAGAGUUAGUGCACAACAACCUGCGGGGCGGCGGCAAGACUCCCAACCUGGAGCUCACGCUGCCAGUCAAACCUGUGAUCGGAGGUAGCAGCAGCGAGGACGAUGCCAUCGUGGCGGACGCCUCCUCUCUAAUGCACGGCGACAACCCGGGGCUGGAGCUCCAUCCCAAGGAGCUCGAGGCCCCGCUCAUCCCUCAGCGGACUCACUCCCUUCUGUACCAGCCCCCGAAGAAGGGGAAGCCCGAGGGAACCGACAGCUACGUGUCCCAGCUGACCGCCGAGGCCGAGGACCACCUGCAGUCCCCCAACAGAGACUCCCUCUACACGAGCAUGCCCAACCUUAGAGACUCUCCCUACCAGGAGAGCAGCCCCGACCUGGAGGAGGACCUGUCCCCCUCCAGGCGGAGUGAGAACGAGGACAUUUACUACAAAAGCAUGCCGAACCUGGGAGCCGGCCGUCAGCUUCAGAUGUGUUACCAGAUCAGCCGGGGCAAUAGUGACGGCUACAUCAUCCCCAUCAACAAAGAAGGGUGCAUUCCCGAGGGAGACGUUAGGGAAGGACAGAUGCAGCUGGUCACGAGUCUUUAAUCGCGCCGCGGGCCCCACGUGUGGCAGGCGCGGGCCAAGACCCCGUUGGCCCGGGCCAGCUCCCUGCAGCUCUGCCUGACCAGGUGGCUCUGUUGACCUGUGGUCCCCCCCCCCCGGUGUACAGAGGUGACUGAACCUUGAAGUUCUGUGAAUUUUUAUAGAACGUACAAAAACUUUGUAUAUACACAGAGUAUACUAAAAUGAUUAUUUGUUACAGAGAAAAGAGAUGCCAACCAGGUAUUUUAAGAUUCUGCUGCUGUCUAGAGAAAUUGUGAAGCAAGCGAGACCAAGACUUCCCCAGCCAUUGUACUUGCAGCAGUCUGUGGACUCCAUCUGUAAAUACGGCUGCACCAUUUUUGUAGGCCUGCAUUGUAUUAUAUACAAGACGUGGGCUUUCAAAUCCUGUGGGACAAAUUUACUGUACCUUACUGUUCCUGACAAGACUUGGAAAAGCAGGAGAGCUAUUCUGCGUCAGUUUGCAGUUCACUGCAAAUCUUUUACAUUGAGGCAAAGAUUGAAAACAUGUUUAACCACUAGCAAUCAAGCCACAGGCCUUAUUUCAUAUGUUUCCUCAACUGUACAAUGAACUAUUCUCAUGAAAAAUGGCUAAAGAAAUUAUAUUUUGUUCUAUUGCUAGGGUAAAAUAAAUACAUUUGUGUCCAAUUGAAAUAUAAUUGUCAUUAAAAUAAUUUUAAAGAGUUUGAAGGAAAUAUUGUGAAAAGCUCUUGGUUGCACAUAUGUUAUGAAAUGUUUUUUCUUACACUUUGUCAUGGUAAGUUCUACCCAUUUUCACUUAUUUUCCACUGUACACAGUGUUCUGCUUUGACCAGUUAGUCUUUAUUCUUACAUUUAAAUUUCUUAUUGCCAAAAGAACGCGUUUUAUGAGGAAAAAAAAAAAAAACUCUUCGAAGCCAGUUAUGCCAUGCCUUGCACAAAAUGUGGUGAAAUCUAGAAAAGAGUGUGUGUUAUCCCUCUGUUUAUUCUUGAACAGAGGGCAAUGAGGGCACUGGGCACUUCUCACAAACUUUCUAGUGAACAAAAGGUGCCUAUUCUUUUUUAAAAAAUAAAAUAAAACAUAAAUAUUACUCUUCCAUAUUCCUUCUGCCUAUAUUUAGUAAUUAAUUUAUUUUAUGAUAAAGUUCUAAUGAAAUGUAAAUUGUUUCCGCAAAAUUCUGCUUUUCUUUUCAUCCCUUUGUGUAAACCUGUUAAUAAUGAGCCCAUCACUAAUAUCCAGUGUAAAGUUUAACACGGUUUGACAGUAAAUAAAUGUGAAUUUUUUCAAGUA